CGUCACCACUUGGCGGGGAAUCCUUAACCCGCCAAAAGCUAUUUCACAACCCCGCCUCGGCUAAUGUAGGGGGUGGAGAGUCGGAGAAAGUGGAGUCAUCUCCCCGCACCGGAAUGCUCAACAACCCGUUCCGAGUGGUAAAAUUGGAGUUUGCCACGCUCCUACCCCAGACACUUCACCGUGUCGAUGGCCCAAGUCAACAUCAACAAGGCGUUACAAUGGCCUUUGUUCGUCGCAAUUCCAUGGUAAAUACGGCAUCUGGCCACGCUAGAAUACUCGAGAACCAAUCCGGUGAUGCACAAACAGAAGUCUCCAGGACUGGUUCCCCAGCUAAGCGAAGGAAGAUAUCAACAGCCUGUGAGCCGUGCCGAGCUCGCAAAGCACGCUGUGAUGGAGAGAGGCCCAUAUGCGGCGCCUGUAGCCAUAGACCGCAGGGCCAGGGGCAUUGCUUGUACCGAAGGGACGAAAAUGGGCACAAAUUCAGCAACAGAAGAUCGGAUACCACGGAGCUUUUAGAACGAGUGCAGCAGAUAGAACGGCGCCUCAAUUCUGGCCAGAGUGACUCGUUAUCCCACAGCUCUCCACACUUCCCCCAAGCACCUGUGGAGCUAGCACCGACCCCACAGAGCGAACUCCGGGCCCAUCAUCGCGGAAGAAGCACCACCCCUCCGGAGGAUACCGGAUUGGAGCCGUCUGGCCCUCCUCGUCCGUCUCACCGAGAGACAGUGCGGCCCGAUGACACACCCUCACGGACAUCGCCCCGGGGUGCCUCGACGGCAGUCGGAAGCGAGUCAAACCAAUACCCGCCCAAUCCCGGUGAGGAUCCAGCAUGCUCGCUCCCCCCCAAGGGCAAAGAGAGCCCUGUCAACGCCAUGGGCGCGAUUUCAUCCGUGGAUGGCAAUCUACUGUCCAGCUCCGGCGCCUUCUACGGCGGCUCAUCUGCGGCCCACUUUCUGCAAGAAGUCCAUUGCAGUCUAGGCUGCAGCGCCAAACCCCACAAUACGAACCGAGCCUCGUACGGACAGACUAUGCGACAUCCCGCUCCGCACCCCCGGCAACCCCGUCCCGCUCCCGGACUGGGCGCACCUUACGCAUUCCAGCAAGAUCUUGUGCUCCCGACCCGGCAGCUCGCCGAUUACCUGCUAGACAUCUACUGGACCAAAUCCUACAACCUGUACCCCUUCAUCCACCGCCGGUCCUUCCAGCACGCCUACGCCAACCUCUGGGCCAGCGCCCCCUCCUCCCAAACGUCCUCCCCCACCCCCGACCUCGGCCUCGGCUCUACCGGCACCUCGGACCCGCACUCCCCCGGCUUUCACUGCGCCCUCAACGCCGUCUUCGCGCUGGCCAGCCAGCUCGCCGGGCCGGAGGUGCCCCUAUCCGACCGUCGCACGCUAUCAGAACGCUUCUUCCGCCGGGCCGAGGAGCUGCUGCACGUGGACGUGCUCGACUACGGCAGCCUGGCUCUCGUGCAGACGCUGCUGAUCCUGGCGCAGUAUCUCCAGAGCACGCAGUUCCCGACGCGGUGCUGGAACGCCGUCGGAUUGGCCUGCCGGAUUGGGCAGGGGCUGGGGUUGCAUGUUGAGGGUCCGGAGGGGGGCCGUGGGGGGGUUGAGGGGGAGAUGCGGAGGAGGAUAUGGCAUGGUUGCCAUAUCAUGGAUAGCGUGACUAGCAUGACUCUCGGACGACCGAUGAUGACCCAACAGCGAACUAUUUCCGUGCCCCUUCCGUCCCCACUUGGCGAUGACUUCGUUGAAGGUGAGGAAGUCGCCGGGCUGGAGGGUCCAUCUCAUGUCAUCUUUUAUAAGGAGACGAUCAAAUUGUACCACCUGCUUGGAAGGAUCGUAACAGAGGUGUACAAUCCUUGGUCGGCCAAGACGGCCGAGGAUGACUCGAAAAAGGCCCUCCCGGCGGGCAACGAUGAAGUCAGAUCCAUACUCGAUAUGAGCGAAGAGCUGUGCAAGUACGAAGAGAACCUCGCAGAUAUUCUCCACUGGCAGAGGGGUCAGCACCUGCGAGAUGCCCUGCCCGAAUCCGCAUUAUUACGAGGUACAGUCCAACGUCAGGCGAAUGUUCUCCACGCAAGAUAUCUCCACGCCCAGGUCCUGCUACACCGACCAUCGUUCAUGCGUAUCUGCCGCAUGCUUGCAUCGAACUGGCACUCGGGCCCGGCCUUCAACCUGAGCGACUACAGCCAUCGAAGGUUCCGAUCGAGUCUCGGGCUUCAGUCUUCGAUCCAGUGCAUCGUGGCGGCUGUCGACCUGAUUACGACGUUGCACAAGUCGACGAGUGUGGAUGCCGCCGGGGCGUGGUGGUACACCAUCUUCUACCUCUACUCAGCCGGACUAGUGAUUGUAUUAUCAAAGUCUUGUCUGCCUAUACAUGGUUAUAUCGACAAGGAUGCGGUAGACCAGGCCUGGUCGGACUGCCGUGCGACAAUGCAACUUCUUGGGCAGUAUGGAAGUGCCGCAGAGCACGGGCUGCGCAGCCUCUGUGCGCUACAUGAGCGUCUUGUUGUGACAACUCGCGAGUCGUCCGCAGUUGAAUCCUGUCCUCAACACGAGACGGAUAUGUCCGAAACACACCAACUAGCACAAGGCAUAUCUAAUCCAUUGCCACACGUGCCUGUCAGUGACAAGGAACUACAUCGAGAGACUCUCGACGAAGUGGGGCGGGUUGAGGCGGACGACAUCUGGGCUUCGAGACUGCCGCUCAUUGAUUUCGUGGAUCAUAAUAACGAUUUGAUGCUUCCUAGUCUAUUCUAUGAUAGCUGGUGAUUAAAGUUCCGAGCAUUUACUGGACAUACAUAUAAUAAUAUCAUGGUCUAAUUACA